GUUGGGUCGGGAUGGGAUAGCUAAAACUGCCUGGCCAUUGGACAGUCAUAAAGUCCUACCUCUUUUUUGUUGCUGACGUCAUGUGGUGAAGAGUUGUUGUUGAGAGGAGCGUAAUGUUUUUGAUUGAGAAGUGCAAAUUAAUUUUGAAAAAAAAAAGUGAAAACACUGUGCACGGACAAAUCAUUUAUAAUAAUCACUGCAACUCUGUGGAAAUCAAUCAGAAUUUUCCUGUAUGAUUUCAUGGUGACUUUAAACAUUUUUCUGCUGAACAGCUAAAGAGGUGACAUUAGCUCUGUCUCCUUUGAUAUGUUUGGUCAAUGUUCGGCUUUGUAACAGUAACUCCCGCCUCCUUUCAUUUGAUUUCCCACCUCACUUAUUAGGGGCCAAGGCCCGAAGGGCCAUAGGUCACUCCUGUUCUUGUCAGGAUUCUUCUUCUUCUUCAUCUUAACCAAUGGCUUUCAUGGCAGCCCUAUGAACCGUACGUAGGAAAAUGGUGAAAAUUGGCACACUUGUAGAGGUAGUACUCGUUAGUCAUGUGACUCAAAAUCGGCUGAGACGUAGAAGUGAUGCUCCGUGUGAUUUGUAAUACAUCGCAAUAUCUUUUGAACCGUGUGAUAUAUCGCCACCAAAUUUGACACGCGUAACCAACUUGUAGCCCCAAAUGUGCCUUUGAUGUUUCAAGACAGGGCCAACUAGCAUUCGUGAGAUAUAACUAUUUCAAAGCAUGGUCAAGCAUGCUUACUGAAUGGUACACCUGAUAAUUUACAAAUCUCUGGUACGAAAGGUCGCUGGUUAGAAUCCCGUGUCACACAUUUCUAUGUGCAAAAAUAGUGCAAGUAAGUAAACAAACGAAAUGCAAUGUCUUUUUAGUAAUACAAUUAAAGAAAGUGCGAUGUAUGUAGUACAACUCAAAGUGUUUUAUAAUACAUGUAAAUAUAUUCAAACAGAAACAACUAGUACAAAAUGACAUUCUUUCUUUCAUUGUCACUUCUGAAAUCUGCUCCUCCUAUAUUCUGUAUUUCUCAUACUUUUGCUCUAUGCUGUUGAUUCAGCCCUUUCAGGAUUGGCACGUGUCAAUGUUUGAACCUAUGAAAGCUCUCCUCAGGAUACAACCCUGGGGUAGAAGAGUUUGUGGGUUUGCACCUCUUGUUGCGCAUUUACAUUUUUCAGUUUGCAGGUAUGUGCACAAACAGUGCAAGUAUGUAAACAAACGAAAUGUAACAUCAUUUUAAUAAUGAAUUAAAAUAAAGUGUGAUGUAUGUAAUGCAUCGUAAAGUGGUUUGUAAUACAUGUACACAUAUUCAAAGAGAAUCUGUUCCUCCAAUACACUUCAUAUUUGCUACUUUUGCUCUACUGUCUCAUUUCGUGUUGUGGGUACACUGGGGGAAGUGUGGGCUUGGUGUGGGCGUGUGGUGCAAGUGUGGGCUGGGUGUGUUGGGUACGCUAUAGGUUAAGCGGUGCAAUGUGUGGUCUUGGCCCCGGUGGUGCUGCUUGUAGCUCUUGUUUUGAUAUUGCAAUGCUGCGUUUAGUCAGUAAUUGCAAAAAUUUUGACACAACACAGACAAAUGGUGGUUUCGGCCCCACGUGAGAGUCAAUAGUGCCCCAGAACUAGUACAAACAUUCUUCCAAAUAUCUUAUACAGAACAAAGAAAUCGAUACAGGUUUGGAACAUCAAACAGAUCUCAUCCCUCAUUGACUCCCAUUGUAUUUAUUUUUGCUUGGCAGUAAAUGGGGGAAGAGAUCUGUUUGGUUACUGAAUUCUUCCAAAUAUAUUCCUUUGUGUUAGCAGAACAAAGAAAUGUAUACAGAUUUGGAACUACCUGAAGGUGAGUAAAUGAUUGCAGAAUUUUCAUUUUUGAGUGAUCUAUCCCUUUAAGAUCUGGCAGCCUCAGUCACCAUUCACUUUCAUUGCAUCUUCACUGAAUAUUGUAGAAUUCAAGUUUAUGGUGUGCUUAGCAUUCUGCGUAAUAUCUCUUUCGGUGUUCCAUGAACAAAAGAACACGAAAGAUAGUUUUGAGUCAUGGAGUAAAGAAAAGUGUUUAGAUUCUUUUUAAAAGCUCUUCACAUCUUAAACCCUAAAAAUCACCACCAGGGGCAGUAUGGUGGAGGGAGCCAAAGGAAGACAUCGGGCACUUUGCACAUGGCUAACGUCACCAAAGCAGACCAAGGAAUUUAUGUCUGCAUCACCCACAAUCCCAUGCUAAACAUAAGCAAAAAAAGUCAUGCAGCAACUCUGACCGUAUAUGGUGAGAUAUACUGUAGUUCUUCAACAAAAUGUUUUGUAAAACACAUAUCAUUGUUAUACAUACAUACAAUCACAUAUGUCUUUAAAUCACACUGCCUGGAUAAACUUAAAAUAAUUCUGUCCUUAUUUCUGCCUGCACAGGUUCCAGCAUGAACGUAAAGAUCGUUGAAGGUCCUCAGAACAUCACUGUAGAUGUUGGAAUGGAAGCGGUUCUGCAUUGUGUUGUUGAAGGCUUUCCCAUUCCCACAGUACAGUGGUUUAAAGACGGACGUCCACUACUCAAUACCUCUAGAUGGAGUCUACAGAAGGAUGGACAGCUGCUGGUUUUUCAGUGAGAUUUCUAUAAUGGAUUACAAACAUUGCAGGGCUCUGCACAUGAAGCACUAUUCUGUAUAAAAAAACAAAAAAAUGAUUUUCUUCUCUCUUAGGAGAGUUUUGUCAGAAGAUGAAGGGUUUUAUCUCUGUGAAGCUAGCAAUAAGAAGGAGAACGUGAUUUCACAACCAGCCUACCUCCUUCCUGCAGCUAUGGAUUGGUCCUUAAAUCUGGAAUCAGUCAAUAUAACAGUGAGGAAGGGGGAUUCUGCGAUACUUUUCUGUAGACCUCCACAAUCCAGACCCCAAACACAAGUGACCUGGUAUAAAAACAACCAGCCACUCCACCCGGGACUUCACCACACAACUGAUCCUAAUGGAGACCUGCGCAUCCACAGUGUGCAAGAAACAGAUACGGGAUAUUAUUUCUGCAGAGCAUCUAAUUCUCCUGUCAAAAGGGCUCUCGCCUCAAAAAAAAUCUUUCUGGGUGUUCUUGAACCUCCAUCCGUGACUAUCUGGCCGAAGUUGGUAACGUCUCUUGUAGGAGGUGAGGUUAAAGUUCACUGUCAGGUGUCAGGACACCCUGUUCCUAUAAUAAAGUGGACAAAACAGGGCCAGUCGGUACAAACCGGUGGCAAAAUAAUCAUGGGGGUAAGAAACAGCACUCUCUACAUUUCAUCAGUGAGAGUUUAUGAUGAAGGUCUGUACACGUGCUCCGCCUCCAACACAGUGGGUCAUGAUGAGAAAAUCAUGACUCUUCAUGUUGCUGAGAAACCGGUCAUCGUUUCAUUUAUUGCAUCAGUCACUGUCUCAGAAGGAUCUCGUGUUAGUCUACCCUGUCAAGCCGUUGGACAUUUUCCUGUCAAAUAUACUUGGAUCCGAGCUGCCUUGAUCCAAGAAACACCUGAACUGUCUGAUCCAAAUGCUCCUACAUCCCUCCCACAACAGAUACAUAUUGAUGAAAAUGGGACACUGGUCAUCUCCAACAUCCAUCGAGCCGAUGCAGGAGAAUAUCACUGCACUGCAGAAAAUGGAGUCGGUCAGGAUAUGCGACGUGCCAUCAUCACUGUGACUGCUGAAUCUGAUGUCUUGCCUAAUAAGGGAGCGCUGAGUGAAAACAAGCCCACUGUUUCCGAGAGUGCGAAAGAGCUUUUUACGAACAUCAAUCGCUACGAUUCGAAGAUUCCAAGCUACGCAGAGACAAAUAAUCCCACUCAACACGCAAUUGAAGAUUACACAAAGACAUCAUGUGAGUACACACUUUAA